UUCAGUUGAUUUCCGAUAGCGAGUGCGAGUGUGGGCCAAACCGACAUCAAGACACCUGAAAAUCCACCAAAAUGAGCUGCGGCACGAAGGCAUUGAAGGUGUCCUCCUUCGUUUUGGACUUUCUGUGCUGUGUUCUGGCGGCACUGACCAUCGCGGCUUGCUCCUAUGCCCUGAUUGCUUUUAGCCACAGCGUAGCCAUCCGGGUGCCCAGCAUCCUGGGCAUCGUCCUGGGCGGCCUGCUGUUCUUCAGCACGAUCUUCGGCUGCAUUGCUGCCCUGCGGGAGAGUAUUCGCAUGACCUGGAUCUAUGCCGCAAUACUGCUGGCCCUGGUUUUCAGUCAGAUCACCGUCAUCUUGGCCCAACCCAUCAACUAUGAGCUGCUGGCCAACGAGACCAUUUACGACGCCUGGCAGGGACAACUUUACCACUCGGACAGAAUGUCCUACUUUGAGAUCAAGUAUCACUGCUGCGGACAGACGGGGCCCGCAAACUAUCCGGAUAGUGGCCUGGUGAUUCCGCAAAGCUGCUACUUCAACCAGAACGCCACGGUGACUACGGAUCUCUAUACGGUUGGGUGUAACCAUCAGUUGGCAGCGGCCUUCGUCAAGGGAACUCGCUGGGAGAAGAUCACGGAUUGGUCCGUUGUGGGUGUGGAGAUACUCACUGUCAUCAUCGCCGGACUCCUGGCUAUAACCUUACAGAAUGCCGAGCGCCGCCGUCUUUACCGAUAAAAGCUGGCCUUAAGUUUCUACCAAAAGUAUUAGAACUGUACGAAUGUGAAAGUGUUCCUAAUUAUAUGAGGGAGUAGUUGCCAAAACAUGAAUACAUUAAAUUGGUAACGUUAAUAUAUUUCAACCGUAUUUAAAUUGCUCAAUACAAAAUUUCAGAAUGUAUGCAAGCACUUUUAUAAAAUUAGUCACACUUAAACCGAUUCGUGGUACAUUUGGAAUGUUGUGUCGCUUUCGACGUCUGGGUCUAAGCUGUUUUUAUGUGCAAUACUAUGUAUAAGAAAAGUAUGAUUAUAUAUUUAACAAGUCUAUGAAGCUUAUUAAGAAAAUAAACAAUUUAAUGCUUAGU